AUGAGCAAACAGGAAGCAAGCAGGGAAUGUAUCCUGUUGGUUGGAGGAAGGUCAGUACUAGAACAGGCAGGGUCACAGUAGGUCAUCUGUGCACAAAGCAGUGAUGAAGGAAGCUGUUUAGUCAUAGCUGUGUCUUUGAGGGUCCUAAGCAGAAGGGUGAGGAACAGGAUACAGUGACUCAGGAAAACGGUCUCUCGAAGGAGCUGGUUUUCCAGCUGUCGGGAUGUCACGGGAAAGACGAGAAACUCACAGCGUGUUUUUAUCAGGGGUCUGGAUUUUGGCUGUUUCAGUCACUAUGGCAGUACAGGAAAAAAACCCUCUUGUUCCAUGUCUCCCAGGACCCCAAGGUCCUCCUGGGAACAAUGGAAUUCCUGGUCAUAAUGGGCACAAUGGGCUCAAUGGGGAGAAAGGGGAGAAGGGACUCAGAGGGGAACCAGGUUCCACAGGAAUGCGUGGGCCACAGGGCCCUCCAGGAAAACUAGGUCCAAUGGGACCAAAGGGCGAAAGUGGACAACCAGGUCCCACCGGCCCACAAGGAAGCCCAGGAGAAUGCUCACCACGUCAGAAAUCUGCUUUUGCAAUGCAACUUGCCAAAAACUAUCCAGCUCCUAAACAACCAAUUAUAUUUCAUGAAAUCUUAUACAAUGAUCAGCAACAUUUUGAUAAGGCCACUGGAAUUUUCACUUGUCAAAUACCUGGAGUUUAUUACUUUGGCUACAAUGUAGAGUUGUACCGGAACACCACGACCAUUCAGCUAAUGAAAAACAGCCAAGCGGUGAUAGGAUCAUAUCAGACCACCCUAAACUCUUAUGAAAAUAUGUCAGGAAGUACAGUCCUUAAGCUGGAGAAGGGUGACAAGGUCUGGUUAGAAGUGAAACAGGAAAGUAAUGGAGCGACACACACAAGCUACUUUUUAGGUUACCUGAUAUUUGAAAUUUAGACUUCUGAAAAACUUCUGAAUUAGCCUCACCAUUGUGUCAGAAAUUAAGAGAUGAGGAAAGUAUACCUGAGGGUGAGGGAGGCAGGAGGUUUUGUCAGAGUCUGAUCCCAUAUUAUAGCAGCAUCUGUUAUUAUGGUAGCACCGUCUACUAUUAUGGUGGCCCUACACUUCCCAUUAUAAGACACAGUUUUUGUUGUUUAUAACUUUUCCAAACUUUAAUGGUUUGAGCUGAAAAAUUCCAUGCCAGGUGUCUGACUGUCCCUGAAUGUUUUUGGAAAAUGUCAGGCAAAACACUUUAGCUGAUUCUGAGAAUGAGUAUAAGGGGAAAUACAUUUUGCCUGUGUUAAAAAACUCUGGUGACUUUUUCUCUGAGAAGCUCUAAUGCCCCUCUACUUUGGAGCAAGGUCUUGAUAUUUGGCAAGAGAAUGGCUUUUGUGUCUGGGAUGUUCCUGUUGGCAUUACUUUGAAAAUCUGCCCAAAUUUAGCCGCAUUAUAAGACUUUGAAAAUGUGCAGUUCACACAUGCUCAGUAGACACUUCCUAGAACUCCACAGCUAAAUUCCCAAAAGAUUCCAUCUGUGACGUGGCACUCCAUAUGCUUUAUAAAAAUAUGUUUGUAAGUGUGAAUAUAAUGUAACUGAAAUAUGCUUUAUGCAAAAGGUCUCUUGUAAGGUAUAAUUUCAGAGCUUAUAAUCUACUGAGUGUGUCCAUCCUAUUUGUAUGAAUGUAUCAUUCUUGUAUCUGAAACUAGGAAUAUGAAGUAUAACUCUGAGGUUCUAUUGUAAUUAUGCGAAGUGUGGGCCAUUAAUGGUGGUUUAGAAUCUUGACGGCUCCCAUUGACUAGGAUGAUUGGUUGUAAAUGGUUUAUUUUCCUGCAAGCCUUCCGCUAUAUGUGCGGACCAGCCCUGGAAGAAUGGAGGGGGUCUCACAGGACAUGCAAACAUGGCACCUGAUACUGGAAUCCAUCUUAAACCCGGUGCUUUUCCAUUUAGAAGGAGGGGUGGGAACCCAGAGAGACAAAAUAUUCCCGCCUUAUGCCAAGGAUAUAAAAGGUGGUGGAACAGAACAAGAGGCUCCCAGUCAUGAGAAAGCCCUUGCCUUUCACUCAAGAUGCCUGCUGAAACUAACAAGGACUGUACUGGGGAAAGGAUUGGGCCCAGACUAGGAAGGAGUCUAGUCUGUGAAAGAAGCUUAUUGGAACAUCUCUAAGGGUGAGAUUUACCUGUAAUCAGUUUCUUAAUGUAUUAGGCUUAGACUUGUGUGUUUUUGCUUUAUUUUGCUUGGUGACUUACUUUGUUCUGUCUGUUAUUACUUUGAACCACUUAAA